UAUCAAAUCCCGACUCCAUUUCCUAUUCCCCGUCUUCCUUCCCCAUCCAACUCGCCCAGACAUGGCCCGUCUAGCUCUCCUGGCAUCUGCGCUCCUCGCCACGGCGGCUUAUGCGGCAAAAUCAAAUUGGGGCGAAGCCUGCGCCCAAGCGAACACACAUUUGAACCAGGACAAUUAUGAGCUCGUGACGGACUGCAACUCAUUAACGUAUUGCGCGGAUAAUGGGACAUGUGCAUGGAAGGGAUGUAGAAAGGAUACUUAUCCUUUUGGAUACAAUGACUAUUCUUUCGAUCAACUGCCACCACUUUGUCCUACGGGAGAAUUCUGCCCGGAUGAAGGUGAUCACUGUCUGAACCAAGUACCGGUAGGAAGCAGCUGUCAAAAGGACCGAGAUAACGAGUGUCAACCGCCUCCCAACUGGAAACAGCUCAAUGGCUACCUUAAUAGUAACGGCAGCAUCUGUCUUGAUUAUACUUGCUACUACGCCAAUGUCACUGUCGGUCAGACUUGUGUCAACGACAAUACCGUCUACACUGCAUACAAAGACGAUGGCUCUGCUUACGCCUUUAUCGUUUCUCGAGACAACUGUGCGAAUGGACAUUAUUGUGAUGCUACUGAAUUGGUCUGCUACAAAUCCAAGGCUUUUGGAGCUACCUGUAGCGGUAACAAGGAAUGCCUGUCGUAUAACUGUGAGGAUAAUGGAAAGUGUGGAAAAGCCGCAAACGACGUCGUCCAUCCCCCUGCUUGGCAAUACGUCCUUGUCGGUUUGGGUAUCGUCAUCUUGAUUGUCGCCGUUAUGACCGGUCUCUGGUUUAUGCACCGUCGAUGGAGAAACGAAAAGCAGGUCAUGCUCGAGCAAUACUACAAUGAACAAAUCGCCUAUCGACAAUCCAUCAUGUCCAUGUCCCACGCCAAACAAUCCCUCCUUUCACUCCCGCCAAACACCACCGCCGGUGCAGCUCGAGCUUCUCUCUACGGUGAUACUGCCUGGACGUCGGGCACCGACUAUCAAUCUGUCCCUCUUCCUCCAAACCUUCGACGUGAUAGCACAUCGGGGUGGAGCCAUGAUUCAGAUCGGGUGGGUCACGACAGUGAGGUUUUCUUGAUGCAGAAUGGGAGGUAUGCGGAUGCGCCUGAAGUGUCAAAGUAUCGCUAAAAAUGUUGCGGGAAGCUUUGAGGACGCUUUGCUUUUUCUUUCCCUUCUUUCUUUGACGAGCAUAUGACGAUUGCGCGUAUUCCUUUUUCCAGGAAACCGCAAAGUAAUGGACAUUUUCAAAGUAUUCAAUACCUUUUUCCGUAAAUGGGAAACUUUCCAUUUUACCGCUUUCACAGUCAAUUUUUUAAACAUUUUUCCAGACGUGUUGUUAUCCCCACGAUUAUGAGUACAUGAGCAUGAACACUUGACAUAUU